AUGGCUUCAGUAAAGGGCAGAACCUCACGCCGUUCUGCUCCUCGGCGUAGUUACGUCAUCGAAGACACUUCUGAAUCAGAAGACCCCGGAAAUGUGACACCAACACCCGAUGCGCAAGAUGACGAUGAUGAGGUGGAGGAGGAGUACACACCUGUCCCCAAGAAAGCAAGGAGAGCUUCUAGUAAGAGGUUAACUCUGGAUCCGGUCACACCUUCUACUGUGCGCCCGGCCAGUAAAAUCCAGGAAGCGACAACGGAUGAUUCCGAUGCGAUGGAUACCGAUGGAACGGACACCGACGCGAUGGAGAUUGAUGAGCAGGGCGAAAAUGACGAGAAUGAUGAGAAUGAAGAGGGGAUCAGUAUCGCUUCGAUGGAACCUGAUCCUGAUUCUCCUUCCGGUAAAGCGGCGCUGAAAAGAAAAAGUAUGCCGCAUCCCCGCAAGAGCCGUGGCUCGAUCACACCCAAGCCAGCACAGGGCUCACUCCCAACUCCAGAGCCGUCCGAAUCCCCAGAGCCUCAGCCGAGAGCCGAGCGCGCAAACCUGCCACCUUUGUCUGACAUCACCGAGUCCGCCGUGAAUCAGUCGCCAUCGAAACAAUCGGAAGAGCCCAAAUCCCAGAUCUCCAUCAUCAACCCCAAUUCGACAGUCUUAGAGAGACCUAUGGAUAUUGUGGCCAAGUCCAGAACACAAGCUCCUCAACAGCUUGAGGAGUCUGGAGCGCCCAAGCCCCGAAUGAUUAUUGAGAACCUUAUUCUGACAAAUUUCAAGAGUUACGCCGGCCAGCAAAUCGUUGGUCCCUUCCACGCCUCCUUUUCUUCGGUUGUUGGGCCCAAUGGUUCUGGCAAGUCCAAUGUCAUUGAUUCUCUACUAUUCGUCUUCGGCUUCCGCGCUAGCAAGAUGCGACAGGGCAAGAUCUCCGCGUUGAUCCACAACUCUGCCCAAUAUCCCAACCUCGCAUACUGUGAAGUUGAGGUGCAUUUCUCACAAGUCCUCGAUUUGCCCGACGGUGGCCAGGAAGCGGUCCCAGAUUCCCAACUAAUUAUUUCACGACGCGCCUUCAAAAACAACACCAGCAAGUACUACAUGAACAAGAAGGAGACAAAUUUCACCGCCGUGACGACCUUCCUUCGAGAUCGCGGAAUCGAUCUCGACCACAAGCGCUUCCUGAUUUUGCAGGGUGAGGUCGAGUCGAUCGCGCAGAUGAAACCGAAAGCCGCGAACGAACAUGACGAAGGCCUGUUGGAAUAUUUGGAGGAUAUCAUCGGAACUUCAAAGUACAAGACACCUAUUGAUGAAGCGGCGACCGAGCUCGAAACCCUGAACGAUGUAUGCGUGGAGAAGAACAAUCGUGUGCAGCAUGUGGAGAAGGAAAAGGCAGCCCUGGUGGAUAAGAAGGAUAAAGCUCUGGCUUACAUCCGCGAGGAGAACGAACUGGCCCAGAAGCAAUCGGCGCUCUAUCAGAUCUACAUAGAUGAGUGCGCCGACAAUGUUCGUGUGACGGAAGAGGCCAUUCUCCAAAUGCAGGAGUUGCUUAACAUGGAACUCGAGAAACACGAGGGAAAUGAAUCAGGCAUCAAAGAACUCGAAAAAGCCUACAAAAAGGGCGUUCGCCAGUACGAGGCGAUGGAGAAAGCUACCCAAGACCUGCUCAAGGAGAUGGCCAAGUACGACAAGGAGUCUGUCAAAUUCGAAGAGAAAAAGAAAUUCUUGCUUGGCAAACAGAAGAAGCUCGAGAAAGCCAUGCAAACCAGCCGUCUUGCCGCCUCCGAAUGUCAGAGCUUGGUUGAAAAAUUCACCGACGACAUCAAGAAGAAGACUGCCGAGACGACGCAAUUCGAGAAGGAGAUGGUUGCCGAGGAGAAGGAGCUGAACUCCAUCCGCGAGGGCCUCAAGGGCAAAACGCAAGGCCUGUCUGAUCAGAUUGCUGCCAAGCAGAAGUCACUGGAACCUUGGAAUGAGAAAAUUAACGAAAAGCAAUCUGCGGUUGCAGUCGCUCAGAGUGAAUUGGAUAUCUUGCGCGAGCGGGCUAAUGCUGGCGCUGUUCUCCUGGAGGAAGCACAGGGCAAGGUUGCUUCGAUUGAAGACAGUCUCCAGACCAAGCAGAACGACCUCGAAGAACGACAGGCACAGAAAGAGACUUUGGAGGCUGAAGUGGAGAAGCUCAAACACGACCUUAAGAAAUACGCCGGUCGUGAGCCCGAGGUACGUGCGCAUGUCUCGAGUGCGCGUCAAAAGGCAGAAGAGGCACGAGUCAGCCUUGCAAGCACACAAAACCGAGGCAAUGUCUUGACUGGCUUGAUGCGUCUCAAGGAGUCUGGCCGUAUCGACGGCUUCCAUGGCCGGCUUGGUAACCUCGGCACGAUUGACCAACAAUACGAUGUCGCCAUCUCUACGGCUUGCCCUGCUCUCGAUAACAUGGUUGUCGAGACUGUGGAGGUCGGCCAGCAAUGUAUCGACUACUUGCGCAAGAACAACCUUGGACGAGCCAACUUCAUUCUCCUUGAUCGUCUUCCCCGCCGUGACAUGUCAACAAUAUACACACCCGAAAGUGUUCCCCGUCUGUUCGAUCUCGUCAAGCCGAAGGAUCCCAAGUUCGCCCCAGCUUUCUACAGCGUGAUGCAAAACACGUUGGUUGCCAAGGACUUAGAGCAGGCAAACCGUAUUGCCUACGGCGCCCGCCGAUGGCGAGUGGUGACAGAAGAUGGCCAGUUGAUUGACGUUUCAGGAACAAUGAGUGGUGGUGGUACCCGUGUUGCCCGAGGCGGCAUGUCAUCGAAACAAGUCGCAGACACCACAAAGGAGCAGGUCUCUCGGCUAGAAUCAGAUCUUGAGGAACUGGAAAGGAAAUUCCAAGCCUUCCAAGACAAGCAGCGAAAUGUGGAGGCUCAGAUGAAGGAAAGAUCCGAGGAAAUCCCGCGAGUCGAGACAAAGAUCCAGAAGAUUCUCAUCGAGAUUGAUAGCACCAAACGAAGCCUGGCUGAUGCUCAGCGACGUGUGAAAGAGCUGAGCGCACAGCACAAGCCAUCUGAUUCCGAUGAAGUUCAAGUUGCUGCGCUUGAGAAACAGAUCGCCAAGGCCGAAAAGGAGAUUGCGACACUGAAUGACGAGAAGAGCGGCAUUGAAGAGGAGAUUCAGAACCUACAGAGCAAGAUCAUGGAAGUCGGUGGUGUUCGGCUUCGCGGACAAAAGGCUAAAGUGGAUGGCUUGAAAGAGCAAAUUGGCAUGCUUGCCGAUGAAAUCUCGAAUGCCGAGGGCCAGCUGUCCAAGAACGAGAAACUUAUCAAGAAGCACUCCAAAGCCCGCGAAAGCUCGGAGAGUGAGAUUGCACAAAUCACUGAAGAGUUGGAGAAACUCGAAGAAGAUGUCGCGAACCAGACCAAUGAAUCUUCGGAUUGGAGACAGAAGGCAGACGAAGCACAGGAGGCACUCAUUACCAAGAAAGGCGAGCUCAAGGAUUUGAAGGAUGAGCUUGAUGCGAAGGUGGCUGAGCUGAACGAGACACGCGCCACCGAGAUUGAGAUGCGGAACAAGCUGGACGAGAACCAGAAGGCUUUGGCCGAAAACCAAAAGCGCAGUCGUUACUGGGAGGAGAAGCUUUCAAAGCUGACCGUCCAGAACAUCAGCGAUAUUGGAGAAGAGCAAGAGCCUACAGAGCUUCAAAUGUACACCAAGGAUGAGCUAGCGGCCAUGAACAAGGAGUCCUUGAAAGCCGUUAUUGCUGCUCUGGAAGAGAAGGUCCAAAAUGCUUCUGUUGAUUUGUCGGUCAUUGAGGAGUAUCGCCGCCGAGCUGCCGAGCAUGAAUCUCGCUCAGCGGACUUGACCACCGCUCUGACAUCGCGAGACGCUGCCAAGGCACGCCUGGACGGACUUCGAUCUUCUCGCUUGAACGGUUUCAUGGAAGGAUUCGGCAUCAUCUCCUUGCGUCUUAAGGAAAUGUACCAGAUGAUUACCAUGGGCGGUAAUGCAGAGUUAGAGCUGGUGGAUUCCUUGGACCCCUUCUCGGAAGGUAUCUUAUUCUCGGUCAUGCCUCCCAAGAAGAGCUGGAAGAACAUCGGCAACCUCUCUGGUGGCGAGAAGACUUUGUCCAGUUUAGCGCUGGUGUUCGCUCUACACCAUUACAAGCCUACUCCACUCUACGUCAUGGAUGAGAUUGAUGCCGCGCUGGACUUCCGAAAUGUCUCUAUUGUCGCCUCAUACAUCAAGGAGCGAACGAAGAAUGCCCAGUUCAUUGUUAUCUCACUGAGAAACAACAUGUUCGAGCUUGCUGCCCGACUUGUCGGUGUCUACAAGGUCAACCACAUGACCAAGAGUGUGACGAUCGAGAACCGUGAUUAUAUCACUGGUCGAUAA